AUGGUCUUCAACUUCAUUCAAAGGCAACUAUUCUGGACGUUAUUGUUAUACAACAUCUCUAUAGUCGUUGUUGAAGCAUUUAAGGCAGAACGAAAUCCACAGAAACAGCAAUUUUUUCGAAUCAAACGAGGUGCGUAGAAAAUAUUUACAAUUUUAAGAAAAUGGGAGUCUUAUACUUUGUAACUUAAAUACUUAAACUUGGCGAUAGCAUCCAUUUGCAAGCUAGUUCAGGUCCGAAAGUAGCCUGAAAUAGCGUUAGCCGCAUAUUUCUUAGGCUGAUCCGAAAACAAAACCACUUGAAAGCUAAAAACUUGACACGUUCGAACCAAAUUUAAUUUAGAAAUUGUUAAUAUUGCUUGUCCUCAGUGUGGUAUACGAUUAUUAAGUUUUACUCCAAAUAAAGUCAAUAUUUAUACUUUGACUGAAAUUUUGACUGUAAUUUUGACUGUAAUUUUGACUCAAAAUUUGAGUAAAAUGAAGCACUAACAGUGCCUCAUUAGUGAAAUUACUCAAAUAUAUGAACAAUUUUACUGAAUCUUUUAGUAUAAGAUUUACUUUUAAAUUACUUAAAAAUUGAGCAUAUUUUCCUAUGAAUAUGAGCAAUUCUAUUCAAUAUUUUUACUCGCUGCAUGGGUACAUUAUUUCACCAGGUUUUUGUAAUUACGAGUAAAAAGACCCGGCGAUUUAUUGCAGUGAAAUGCCGCUAUUAAUAUGCUCAAAAUAAUUUUUUAGAUGUUCCAACUAAGUAUCAAUCUCAACUAGUCUUAAUGUUUCGACAAGCGACUGGGCGUCAUAUGAACACGACCAGUUAUAAUUAAUCGAUAAACGAUUGCGUGUUGUGCGUUUUAAUUUCAUCAUCACUGUAUGACAUUAACUUUUUCAGGUGUUCGAUCUCAGCGGGAAGCGUACAUCAGCUCAAGAGCGAAGACAGCAUUGGAUUGUGUCUUGUUUUGUUUCAGAGAAAAAUUGACUUGCACAUCUCUCAAUUAUGCUGAAUCUACUUCGUUCAAUGGUGGCAAGGAGAAUUGUCAGUUACACAAUGAAACCAAGAAUGAUGAUGCAAAUUCAUUGAAGUUCGUGAAAGAUGAUAGAUACACCUUUUAUCGGAUACCCGGAGUAUCACACGAAUCAGAAAACACACAGACGACAGAAAAUGUAACUAAGCAGGUAGCAACCUCGUUCCCAGGCUCUUCCCUCUUUAGGAGGAAAGACCCUGGCAAUAGCUUGUCACGUGGCUCCCUGAAAAUUGAUUGCCUAAAGGGGUGUGGGGAAAGUAUCAUAUUACAUGCUUCCACUUCCACACUUUACACUUCGAUCGCUAGGAGUGAGUGUUCUGUACAAUGAACUUUGAGAAUCACAUAUACGUCAAAAUACUUUGAUUUCUGCUAAAUUUGAUUUCUGUUGCUGUUAAAUUAUAAAAAUAUGCAAAACAGAUUUUUUUAGCAACAAGUCAGAAAAUCAAGCAAUAAAAACGUAUGAUCAUAUGUUCUAUUGUUCUUAUGCUCUCUCGGGGCUUGCCGCUUUGGCGGACAUAAUUUGAAAGGCACUAGUUCAUUUCACACGUUUCUGCUCUGCCUUUGGUUCACAUAUUUGCAAUCUUAUAAUAUGUCACUAUUAUCUGCAGGAAACGGUAUACAGUAAACUGUGCAUUGAUAUACUUGUUAAUUUCUCUAGGUUUUUCGGUAAAGGUUACACAUUUGAACACUAGCCAAAUACUUAAAUGACAUUGAAUGUUUUAUUCAUUCUAAAACUGUUUAUGUACUGUUUAAUAAACGAGCAGGAGUGUUUUAUUAGGUUUAAAGCCACAAGCGCGCAGCGCGAGUGGCUUUAGACCUAAUGAAACACGACCUGCGAGUUUAUUAAACGGCUUCAAACACGACUACAAAUUCAAUAGAUUUACUGCCUUAUUAGUAUUCUUUAUAUAAAAAAUACUAAUGAGGGCACGACUACAAUAGAUACUGCCUCAUUAGUAUUCUUUAUAUAAAGAAUACUAAUUAGGAGUGUUUUAUCAGGCUUAAAGCCACUGCAUGUGACAUAUUAUGGUUGACAUGAUUUGCCAAUAUAUAAGCUUAUGAAUUAUUAAUGAGUUUGAAAGACUGUUUAUAUAUGCUAUUGAUUUUAGUGAAAAAUAUUGAUAGUUCAAUGUUAUAAACACUGGGUAUUGCAGGAAGGAGUGUAUAAGGUACAAAAAUUGUUAGGGAGCAGUUUAAAGCAGUUUAGCAAAGUAUUUUAUGUGCAUCCCUGACAAAAUGUAGAGACACUUUAUACCAUAUAAUACAUAAUUCAAAAAUUAACAGUCUAUCUACAUACACACAAGGUUUUUCGCACAGACAUAUCGUUACUUUUAUACUUUAUGAGAUUUUAUAAGCAUUUUAAAGUUUCUAUUGAUAUAUUGAUACGCUGUUUGUCUCUAGUGCAGCAUAGUGGAUGCUAAAUGUAAAGGCAAUACUUAUAUAGUGAUACAAGCUCAAUCUCAUGCUAUUCCACAACAAAAUAAAAUUUAGGAUAGAUCAAGCUGCAAAGCUACUGACCACAAAAGCUCUUUAUAAUAUUUAUAAUGUGCCUGGUCUGCAAUAAAUAUGAAAUAACUGUAUGUACGCAUAGUAUACAAUAGUCAAUACUAUAUUUUGACUUGUGUAUAAUUUAAAUAUUCAAAUUGUUCCGCACGCAACGGAGGAGUCUUUGCUUUUGCCUGCAUCGGUUGACUUUACAAUACGUCUGAUAACAGAUAGCUGUACCUCGACAUAAUUCUUGAUAAUAUAGAGUCUCAGCGAUGCCAAAACGGUAUAUUAUAUCACAGUCUCCGACGGGCUUUUCACAGACUUGAGAGCAUGUUGUUUAGAAUUUACACACAGUUGGCGGGAUCACAGGAUCUUGCUAUUUUACAGCAAUUCCAUGUCUCUACAUAAGGUAAAUCCGUUGGGUUUACGUAUCGGACAGGAUACAUAACACCUCAACAUUGACAACAGUCACAACCAUAUUAUAACAAGGUAUUGUAGCCUGCAAACCGGAAAACAUUAACCUAGUAAUUUAAACUUAUAAUCAGAGUGUGGACAAUAUAUAAGUGUGUAAUUUUUAGACAAUAAAGUUGUUGUUACUCAAACCUCUCUAAGCGAAAGUUACCUACGUUAGCAGUAAGUCAUAAUGUACCUAAGUCAAAACCAGUGAAGGAAUCCCAGAAAUUCGAAGGCAAAAGUUCCUGGGAAGCUUUCCUCGUCCAGUUUGAAAUUGUCGCUAGGAUGAAUGGUUGGGAUGAUGAUCAAAAAGCUAUGUUCCUAGCGACAUCUCUUCACGGAAAUGCAACAUUGAUUUUAAGUAAUUAACAUGUCACCGAACGAUCGUGAAGACUACGCAAAACUUGUUAUGGUUUUGUCAAGUCGUUUUGGGAUAACUCGUCAAUCAGAUUUAGCUAGAGCGAAGCUCAAGACUCGAAUAAAGAGAAGAGAAGAAAACUUGCCUGCAUGAGUUGGCUGAGAGUGUGGAAAGCCUGACACAAAAGAUGUCCAUGACAUGCAAGAUGUCCUUGCUAGGGAUCAUUUCAUUGAUGCCUUGUACGAGGAUGACCUUCGCCUACGAGUUCGAUAAGCCCGACCACAAUCCUUACAAGUAGCUAGUAGAGGGCGAGGUUGGUGAUAGAAGCCCCUUUAAAGAAAAAGAAGCAGGUUGUGAAUCAAAGUUGAAUGAACUGCAUUGUUUGAUAACUCAGUUGCUAAAAGAAAUGAAAUUUGGUUCCCGUGAGCGAUUCCCCUCCAAUCGUUAUCGGCGAUCGCCAGAGCGAGGACAGCGCAAGUGUUGGACGUGGGGAGUUCAGGUUCACCUCGCAAAAGAUUCUAAACAGGGACUACUACAAGAAGUCAGGGUUACAAACGAAGCAAGAUCUGGACGACAGUCGGGAAGCGAAAAGCGGUCGACCUAUCGGAGCGAGGAUCGAUCGGGAGCGGAGCAGAAAAAGUCCCAAGGAGCGACGCAGAAGUAAACGUUUGUGGUGGAGCACUUAGAGUGACGGGGUUUAUUUCGGGUCAUUCUGUACAGUUUGUCGUUGAUACUGGCGCAGAUGUGACUGUUUUGAGUUAUCGAGUUUAUAAGGAGCUGAAUCAGUUGGGUGAAGUGGCAAAUUUGACUGCUGAUGGUACUCUGAACGGUCUCGAUGGACAGAGAAUCGAAGUUCUGGGAACUAUCACGUUAAAUUUCUCAGUGGGUGAAAUUUAUUCAAGACAGCAAGUUUGGAUCACUAAAAUUAAAGAGGACUGUAUCUUGGGCGCGGACUUCUUAAGGAAACAAGAUUGUGUAAUCGAUUACCCUCGGAAUAUUCUACACAUUGACACUACGGAAGUUCCAAUGCAUGUCAAUACCGACGAGCUCAAAUGUUUCAGAAUAGUCCUACAGUGUAGAUAG